CACAGAUUAAAACAACCCAAACCCCACAGAACAUUAAACUAUUACAAUUUUUUUUUUUAAAAUUAUUACAAAUUCAAAACAGACAACGUUACCGUCAGCUACCUAUACCGUCCGAAAUUCUUUUAGGUGAAUAAGACUAAAACUUAUUCUUAUGUAAGAACAUAUCUUAAUCCUAAAUUAUAAUAACACAGAAAGAAUGCAUGAGAUGAAGCAGAAUCCAAAAAAAAAAAAAAAGAGUAGACGAAUAUUUCUGCAUUCCAAUAGAAUCAUAUCUUCCACCAGUCAAUUGUUGCAAAACCUAAGCAUCUUUUGCUCCAAAUCCAUUUCUCUUGGAACUAAGGAGCCAAUAUGUAAGUAAACUCUCACUGUGAAUCUUCAUUUCAUCCUCAGAACAUGAGUUUUUGUAAAGGAUUUUAACUUAUAAUGAAGAACCAUGAACUGGGCAUUGCCUCGCGGGUUACUCGGGUUAUAAUCAUGGCACUGGUGAUAUCAGUGAUAUUGCUACUUGUUUUUGUCGGAGUUCUUGUCCUGAUUCAUGUCUGUGUAGUAUUGAGGGCAUUUAGAAGAAGAAUUGACAACGUUACUAUGAUGGAAAGAGGUGCCAGCAUGUCCCAAGAGGAUAUAGAAAAGCUCCCUUGCUUUGAUUUUCAAGCCAAAGAGAAGGGAAUUAGUAGCACAGUGGACUGUGCAAUUUGUUUGGAUAGUCUCAAGGUGGGUGAUAAGUGCAGAAUUUUGCCUCAAUGCGACCACUAUUUUCAUGCUGAAUGCAUAGAUUUGUGGCUCUUGAAAUCCUCCUUUUGUCCAAUAUGUAGGGCUAGCGCUGAUAUUCUGAGGGGUUGUUCCAUAUCCGCAGGAGAAAGCACCGGAUACAGUGAAAGUGGACAAACCAGAGAACACAACGCCAACAUGACUGAGACAAGAAUUGAGUUGAGAUGUGGACAAUCUUUAAUGGGGAUUUACACAAGGAACAGGACCAAACAUCUUAAUGUCAUUACUGCUAUCUGCAUUUUCAACUUAGUCAACAUUGCUAGCCUUGCAUUUUCACAGCAUUCUGCUGCUGAAUGCAUUUUUCAACUGAGGAAGUCUUCACUCUUCAGCACUGUAUAA